AUGGAGUCAGUGUUGAUUCCUGUGCUGCUUGGUGGACUUGUUAACUGUGUAGCCCAGUUAAUAACAAUCGCUGAAGAACACAAGAUGACGCAAGAACAACAACGUCCUUCCAAUGAACAAAAUGAUAGAGAAGAAGAGAUGAAUAGAGAUGCACCUCCUCCUGAGGAACCACCGCUGCCGGAUCUUACACCAAGGGAUGAUGAAGACCUAAUCCUUGAUAUAGAUCAAGCUAUGUUAGCCAUGGAUGACUUCUGUGAUGAUUCGCUCUGUGGUAUAAUCGAUGAUUUAAGAAGUGAUUAA